AUGCCCUCAUCUAAGCCAUCAUCCAAGACUUACGUCCAGGUCUGGACAUGCUGCAUUUGCGGUGACUCUGGAAUGACCACGAGAAUCGACUACUGCCCGGCAUGCCACAACAUUCGUUGCAGCCGUUGCCCGGUUCAGACUACCAGAGUGCGAUAG